AUGAUGACUCCUAAAAUGUCAGAGGAUAAUAAUCUUCAACAGAUGUCUAUCCAGUACUUGGAGGCAAUGAUGCGACUCAGCAGUAAUAUUGAUAAUAACAAACACGGUAAUGGCAGCGGUCACAGCAACAGUGUUAACAGUGAUGAUAAUGUUUUUCAAUCAAAUACAACACAUCAGUUGUCUGAUUACCAGAGAUGCCACUUUACAAAUAUCACUUCAGGCUUACAGAGUAUCACUGGAAAUCCUUCUCAUGUAUGUAGCACUACUGAUCACACUGUCAGUCAUGUACCCCAGGAUCUAUGGAAGAAUUCAUUGAUCAAUAAUAGUAAUAGAAGUUGUAAUGAUCUUUGUUAUUCACAAAACUUUCCAAAUGGAACCUGUGAUCAUACUUUUAUACAUAAUCAAAUCAACCGCGAAAUGAAUAGACAAAUACAUAAACCCACAGAAUUAAUCAGUUCUUUGAAUCAAUAUUGUACAGUGAAUUGUUUAAAUCAGGUUUUAUCAAAUUAUCAAUUGAAGUCUGAAAAUUUCUAUUCACAAAUGCAACAAUAUUUAAUGGUAUUAUGUGAAUGGUUUAAAAACACUUCUGUCACCAUGACAACAACACCAACAUCAAAAGCUACUGCAACUCCUCCUUCUCCUAUAACUAUUACUGAUAAUAGUAAAAAUGGUGCAACUAAAAACUGUAACCUCAAUAACAGUAGUGGAGUUAAUGUUGCGUACAACUGGAUCAACCCUACAACACUAUCUCCGUGUUCCUCAUCAUCUACACUAUCACCUGGUAGUGUUACACAGAUGUCAGAUACUAAAAACAGUAGCCCACUGAAUACCUUACCUUAUUCAUCCAUUUAUUCUUCAUCAGUAACACCUUCAGCCUUCAGCUGCCUUCCCACCUGUUCUUCAUCGUCCAUCAUGGUAACAACUUCCAAUUCACAUGAGUCGACAAAUAUAUCAGGCAUCAAACACAAAAAUCCUCAGAAUAUACGGAAUUCAAUUAAAAAUAUAUUGAAUAAUGAUAUACAGGAAGAUAAUGAUGAGUGUUUAACAAGACACAUUGAACACGUUGAACCGACAACAUUUUUCAAGGCAACCAAUCACAAGGAUAUUGACGGUGGGAAAUACAAAAGUCAAGAUGAAGAAGCAAGAGGAAAAGAAGGUGAACAACAGCUGGAAAUACUGGCGAAUAACUUUCUUGAAAAAAUGUAUCAAAAUAUCUUGUUUUAUUACUAUUGUUAUAUGAAUUAUAAUUAUAUGAACAAUACAAAUACUACCAAUACAAAUAAUAGUUAUAAUAACAAUUCACUCCGAUCAGAGGUUAGUUGUAAUACUACUACUAUUGAUAGCAGUGUUAGUAGUCCAACUACAGUUAAUAUGAUGCAUAAUUAUCCUCAUUAUACUACUCAUUAUGAUCAUGAUACUAGUUAUUCAAAUUAUACACAGAGAAUAAUGUUGCAACAUGGAAAAUUAUUCAAUGAAAUUAUAAAUGCGAAAUUACAAAUGAAUUUAUCCUCUCCAAUGGAGCCUAAUGUCGCAACGAUACCAGCUGCAACACCAAUGAUAAUUAACAAUUUAACAAUCAAUAAUAAAUCAAUGAAUUCAUUUAAAAAUACUGAUAAUAAUCGAUAUGACUUUAAUAAUAAUAAUAAUAACAAUAAUUUAAAACAAUUGUUCAAUACAUACAGUUGUCAUGUAGAUAAAGAAGGUGAAGGAGUUAAACAUUCAAUGAAGUAUGAUCAAUGUUCAAUGAAACUGAAGAACUCGAGAUAUCUACAUCAUCUUCAACAUAAAAAAAAAUUGAGUAACACCACUAAACGAUGUUAUAAAACUGUUCAUGAAAAUUCAAGAGGAUGUAAAGAAACACGUUUCGAUUUCAAGCAUUUAGCUCAGUCUUGCGUUGAUUUUGAGGAGAAUGAUGCUACGAACACAUUGAAAUCAGCAUUAUCCACACUGGAACCACAAUUCGCUUCUCACUGUAAACAAUUGAAGAAUGGAUUUAGUAAUGCUGUAGACAGUGAGAGUGUUUACCAUGCCUUACCGGCAGUAGUGACUACAUCAGCCGCAACAAUGAAAAUGGAGCGAAGAACAAUGUCCAUAGAUGACAGAAAUAGUGGCCUAACUGGAGCUUAUUUGAAGACAGCAGAUUCGAGAUUACGUGUCAAUUGUGGUCGACUAAUCACCUGUAAGGAAGAGAAACCAAAUCAAACUGGAUCACGUAGAAGAAUUCGUAAACAAUAUAUUUGUCGAUUUUGUUUACGUCAAUUCACGAAAUCCUACAAUUUGUUAAUUCAUGAACGUACACACACUAAUGAAAGACCAUUUCCUUGUGAUGUCUGCGGGAAAGCAUUUCGACGACAGGAUCAUUUAAGAGAUCAUAGGUUUACACAUAGUUCAAAGAAACCAUUCCUGUGUGAAAUUUGCGGUAAAGGAUUCUGUCAGUCACGUACAUUGGCAUUACAUCGGACUACACACCAGAUAAACCAAUUCAAUGGCUGUUCGACUAUUCCCUUCAAUCCAUCAAGUAGUAGUUAUGGUAAUAAAAUUGCUGUAACCAGCAGCAAUUCUAAAAAUGAUUAUCACAAUAUUCUUCCCCCUCCCCCUCCUCCUCCUCAUCAUCAUCACCCACUUCAGCCUCCUGAACACCAACAACACCACCAUUAUCAUUGUCAACAUACUAAAAGUGACCAACCUAUCAUGGAUAAAUCUGACUUUUGGAGUCAAGAUUCUUGUAUAUGA